AUGUUUGCAUACCGGCAGACUGGAAUGACGUUGUUAGCUCGAUUGACACACAGAACCAUCAAUGUUUCUUCUAUAGGGAUGAGGCGUGUUCUGGGAAGGUUUAUAGCCUUUGGGGUCCGUAUCCUUUGGUUCCUGCCGACUUCAACGAUGUCCUAA